ACCGUGCAAAAAGUUAAAAAGGCGGCCAAUGUAACCUCCCUCCCUGUCUUGUCCCAGUUUGUUCCUCCUGCAGGCGGAUCCAGCUUUUGGGAAACUCUCUCUCUCUCUCUCUUCUGCCCUUCUUCUUCCUCUUCACAUCAUCAUCAUCCUCUUCAUCAUCUUCUUCAUCAGGGCCCUGUGUCUUGUUGGUUGUUCAUCAGCGCCUCUGCUCAGUCGUUGUCAAUCAUAGUCAUUUGUGUGACUGUGUUGUGUCUGUGCAAAACCAAGCUUGAGCACAUUCACCUCGGUCGUGCACGACAUCUCGGUCCGCACUGACUUUGACCCUUGAUAUUGUGUCGCAUAUUCCGCCCCCAGCGCCGGAUACGUCACCGCAUCUCCCGAGAUCCCCAUUAUCUGACCACCCCAAACUCAUCCGUCACUAUGGGUCUCUUUGGACGCAAGAAGGACGAGGCCGCGUCUGCCGCCGAGACGCCCGUCUCUCCCGUGGUAGACACCUCCUCCUCGCCCGAGAAGAACGCCGCUGGCAUGACCAGCCCGCCACCUCCGGCCUAUGAGCACACGGACAUCAUCGGCGAAAAGUCGCCCGGUGUCGUCCGCAUCGAGGCCCUCACCGCCGCCAUCACCCGCACCGACCGCAUCUUCAUCUUCUUCGGCGUCUUCCUCGUCGCCUACGCCUACGGCCUCGACGGCACCCUCCGCUACGCCUACCAGCCCACCGCCACCAACAGCUACGCCACCCACUCGCUGCUCGCCACCGUCAACGUCCUGCGCUCCGUCAUCGCCGCCGCCGCCCAGCCCACCUCGGCCAAGAUCGCCGACGUCUUCGGCCGCGUCGAGCUCGUCUGCGUCUCCGUCGUCUUCUACGUCGUCGGCACCAUCGUCGAGACCUGUGCCACCGGCGUCGAGACCUUCGCCGCCGGCGCCGUCAUCUACCAGGUCGGCUACACCAUGAUCAUGCUGCUCGUCGAGGUCAUCAUCGCCGACAUCACCUCCACCCGCGCCCGCCUGCUCUUCAGCUACAUCCCCGCCCUGCCCUUCAUCAUCAACACCUGGGUGAGCGGCAACAUCUCUGCCGCCGUCCUCACCGACAGCUCGUGGCAAUGGGGCAUCGGCAUGUGGUGCAUCAUCUACCCGGUCUGCGCCCUGCCCCUCAUCGUCAGCCUGUCCAUCGUCGGCCGCCGCGCCCGGAAGCAAGGCCUGCUCAACUCAUACACCUCGCCCUUCCGCGCCCUCGGCUUCAAGAAGUUCCUCGUCGAGCUCUUCUGGCAGCUCGACGUCAUCGGCAUCAUCCUCGUCAUCGCCAUCUUCGCCCUCAUCCUCGUGCCCUUCACCAUCGCCGGCGGCUUCACCUCGUCCUGGCACGAGGCCCACAUCAUCGCGCCCCUCGUCGUUGGCAUCCUGUGCAUCCCCGCUUUCAUCUUCUGGGAGCGCAAGGCCAAGCACCCGCUCGUCCCCUUCUACCUCAUGAGGGACCGUGGCAUCCUCGCCCCUCUCGGCAUCGCCCUGGGCCUCAACUGGGCCUGGUACAUGCAGGGCGACUACCUGUACACCGUCUGCCUCGUCGCCUUUGACUUCAGCGUCACCGAGGCCACCCGCAUCACGUCCCUGUACUCCUUCUGCAGCGUCAUCACCGGCUUCAUCCUCGGCUUCGUCGUCUUCAAGGUCCGCCGCCUCAAGUACUUCAUCGUCGCCGGCACCAUGCUCUUCAUGGUCGCCUUUGGCCUGCUGAUCCACUACCGAGGUUCGCCCUCCGGCCAGGGUGGUGUCAUCGGCGCCCAGGUCCUUCUCGGUAUCGCCGGCGGCAUGUUCCCGUACCCUGCCCAGGCCUCCCUCCAGGCCAGCCUCAAGCACGAGCACCUCGCCAUCAUGACCGGCCUGUAUCUCGCCACAUACAACAUCGGCUCGGCCUUUGGUAACACCAUCUCGGGCGCCAUCUGGACUCAGGUCCUGCCCUCGACCCUGCGGCAGAACCUGGCGCAGUUCAACAACGAGACCCUCAUCACUUACACCUACGGCCAGCCGCUGUUCGCCAUCAUCGACUACCCCGUCGGCACCCCUGAGCGCGACGCCAUCAUCGAGUCCUACAGGCACGUCCAGCGGCUGCUUACCAUCACCGGUAUCUGCCUGACGGUCCCCUUGAUCGCCUUCGCCUUCCUCCUGAGGAACCCCAAGUUGAACGACGAGCAGACCUUGGCUGUCGAGGACAACAACCACAUUCGCACCAGCGAGGCCCACAGCGACGAGGUGGUCACCAAGAUCUAGUGGUCGAACCGAGAAGCGAUCAAACAUGCUGUUUCUUGAUUUAGUGUAAUUUAAUAAUCGACCGGUUUGUGGAGGUCAUGGCAUGAUAUGAUGCAGCCUUCUACGUCUCUGCAACCCUCUACCGACAAGCCAGAAAAUCCGAU